AUGCCAAUUGCUGAAGACCGUGCCUACGAUGAAGCAGUUGCAUCAGAUCCUUCGUUUCCGAAGGCUCUAGACAGAGUGCGCCGUGACCUCGCGUGUAUACGCGACACGCCUCUUAUUCCUCGUGAUCUGAUCGACACUAUCGUAUGGAACCCAGCCUCAGCUGCUGGUCUUGGCUACAAAGGCAAGAAGAAAGAUAACUAUGAUCUCGCGAAGGUCAACGCACUUCGUGCGCUUAAAGACUUUACGCUGUAUCGAAAUAAUUAUCAGUUCGUUCCGGACAAAGCUUUCAGCCGCACCCAAUUAGCCUUGCGCUCCAAUCCUAAACUCAGACAUGUUUGGGGACGUGCAUUUCAUCAUAUAUUGAUCGAAGGCAUGGUGGCGCAACCGCUUAUAUCACGAUUACUCGCCGAAGAUACCCCGAUAUACAUGGGGAGAGACAUGCACAAGCAGAUGCCAACAGACAUCCACCUUCUUAUCCAAGUUGGAUUCACCGCAUUCUGCCUCGACUUUUCGAAGUUCGACGCUAGUGUAAACUCUUUCCUAGUAGAAACCGCUUGGGACAUCAUUCGUGAACUAAUCUCUUUUAAAGAUCUUAGUGACCACGACGUUUUCGACUUCUGUAGGACCCUCUUUUGCAAGACACCAAUUGUAAUGCCAGAUGGACGCCUAUAUUAUGUUACGUCUGGAAUCCCUUCGGGGUCUUACUUUACACAGAUGAUAGACAGUAUAGUCAAUAUGUUAUUAAUCUACAUGUUACUAGACCAUUACAACCAUCUGGAUACCACUACCAUCAAAGUACUUGGCGAUGAUUCGAUUUUCGCCCUAUCAUCAAUGCUCUUCGGUUUUGAUGAUGCGAAAGAUUACUUUGCAAGUUUUGGAAUGAAACUUAGUGAUAAGACACUGACAUCUAACGAUUUCAGGAGCAUCACAUUCUUAGGACACAAUUUCUAUGGGUCAAGAGUGACACGAGAUGAAUUUACUUGUUUAUCUCUUGCACUUUACUCAGAGCAUGAAAUGCCUACUAUUAUGGAUACGCUCAUCCGGAUUGCCAGCUUGAUAUACGAUUGCGGCUUCAAUGACAUGUCAUUGCACCGUAUCUAUCGAAUCCUACUACACGAGCACAAAAUUGACUUCGUCAACGUGCGGCCCGUGACGAUUCAACCACCCUUCUAUACUUUAUAUUGUAUAUCUUAA